GCCGCGCUUGCGCGCCGGGGUCAGCCCGUGGUAGUCAUGGCGGCAGCGGUACUCGGGCGGGCGGUGGGUGGUGCGGGGCUACGGCAGAGGCUGCGGCUGCUGCGGCGGGGCUGCGCGGGGCUGGCGGUGGACGACACGGUGAACGGUCUGACCGCGGAGCAGCAGCAGCUUAGACAAACCAUGACAAAGUUCUGUCAUGAGCAUUUGGCUCCAAAGGCCCAACAGAUUGACCAGGAAAAUGAAUUCAAAGACAUGCGGAAGUUUUGGAAGAAACUUGGGGAACUGGGAGUUCUGGGGAUCACAGCUCCUGUGGAAUAUGGUGGAUCUGCUUUGGGGUACCUGGACCACGUGCUGGUGAUGGAGGAGAUCUCCCGUGCGUCAGCAGCUGUUGGGCUCAGUUACGGUGCCCACUCAAACCUCUGUAUCAACCAGCUGGUGCGUAACGGCAACAAGGCCCAGAAGGAGAAGUACUUGCCCAAGCUAAUCAGCGGGGAGCACAUUGGAGCCUUAGCAAUGAGUGAACCCAAUGCUGGAUCUGAUGUUGUGUCCAUGAAGCUGAAGGCAGAUAAGAAAGGAGACUACUUUGUUUUGAAUGGGAACAAGUUUUGGAUCACCAAUGGGCCAGAUGCAGAUGUUCUCAUCGUUUAUGCUAAAACUGAUAUUAAUGCUGUUCCAGCCUCCCGGGGUAUAACAGCAUUCAUUGUGGAGAGGGGAAUGCCAGGCUUCAGCACAGCCCAGAAGCUCGACAAGCUGGGAAUGAGAGGCUCUAAUACCUGUGAGCUCAUCUUUGAAGACUGCAAGAUCCCAGCUGAAAAUGUCCUGGGGGCACUGAGCAAAGGAGUCUACGUUCUGAUGAGUGGAUUGGAUCUGGAGAGGCUCGUGCUGUCUGGUGGGCCAUUGGGGCUCAUGCAAGCUGUCCUUGACCAUGCAAUUCCAUACCUGCAUGAAAGAGAAGCCUUUGGGCAGAAAAUCGGCCACUUCCAGCUCAUGCAGGGCAAGAUGGCUGAUAUGUACACACGCCUGAUGGCCUCUCGGCAGUAUGUCUACAACGUGGCCAAGGCCUGUGACCAGGGCCACUUCAAUGCCAAGGACUGUGCUGGAGUGAUCCUGUUCGCAGCAGAGUGUGCUACGAAGGUGGCUCUGGAUGGGAUUCAGUGCCUGGGGGGGAACGGUUACAUCAAUGACUAUCCCAUGGGACGCUUCCUGCGGGAUGCCAAGCUCUAUGAGAUAGGGGGAGGCACCAGUGAAGUGCGCAGACUGAUCAUUGGUAGGGCUUUUAAUGCCACUUUCAAGUAAGGUCCAGCAGUGGAAAGGCAGCACCCUGACCACCACGAGGCCUUUGACUAUGGAAGCUGCAGCGUGCAACUCUUCUUCUUCCUGCUUAUGAUUCUGGGUUGGCCACUUGUGGACUCUCUUCUGCCUGAUCUGCGAACAGAUGCUGCUGGACUGAGCUCUGACAAAGUGAAUCAGAUGGUAGCAUGGAAGGAAAAGUGUUUUCCCCCUUCUCGUGAUCAUCUUGACUCAUCCUGUUCGUAAGCCAUCCUGUUUCUCAGUGUUUCAGGGCUGAAGUUCAUCCAGGGGACAUACCACAACCGAAGCAGGCUGGUGAGCUCUGUGCCUGAAACCAGAGGCACAGAAAGUCAACCCAAACCCCGCGAAAUGGACAAUGAGGGAACGAUAAUGAGUGCCAUUUAAUAGCUAGUGCUUAGCACACUGCCACUGGGAGGUGAAAUUGCCUAUCGUGACCUUCCAAUGGGAUUAAUAACUUCUAUUUUGGGAGCUUGACGCCAACCACAUCAUGGGGGUGGCUGUCACGAACACUCACUCAUUGAUGCACAAGCAGUGGUUUAGGUGAUGAGCCCUAAAACCUUGUUAAAACACCACAUCUGUUUCUUUCCUACUCCCUUUCCUACCCCGCUGCUGCGGCCGUGCAGCCCCAAGCCCUCACUGCUCUGAUUGACUGCCGCCCGCUGGGUUAUUCAUCCAGAGGUGUCACCAUCCAUCAUUCCGGGAACAGUUAAACCCUCAGACCUGCAUUGUGACACCCGUGAAUGGGGCAGGCAGGAGGAGGUUGACUUUUGGGGUUGGGGUUAUUUGUUAUUUUCCUUUCUGGAGGUUGUUCUUUUGGCAACAGCAAAUGCUCACACUGCACCGCGGGUUGGCUGGAGUCAGAGCGAGUGCGGCCGUGUUUGGGGGUGUUUUCAGUGCAUAGGAAGAGCAGCAAAGUGGAGUUUAGCUAGCUUGAGUAAAGCAAAUGGCACAGCAAAAUGUCAGUGAAUCACAAAGCAAAAUAGGAUGCUGUAAAUAUGACACAACAAUUAAUUAAACAUUUGCCAUGUAGGCAACUUCCCGACAGCUUUAACAAACAUGAGCUUAAAGCUUUGUGUGGUUUUUGGGUUGUAGUUGGGAUCUGUCUGUACUGGGUGACAGCAGAGUCACAGAGGAUUUUAAAGAGCCAUAAAUGGAAGAGAAAUUCACUUUCCUGAAUCACCAGGUACGUCCCCAAGUGUUUAUGGAUGUUCCAGAACUUCAAUGAGAGCUGCUGAAGCCAAUGGUGUUUGUGCCGCUUUCUGAAGCUUCACGCUUACUGAGCCACAGUGGGUGGCUGCCACUCUGGACGUGUCCCAGGAUUGGGUUUUCAGCUUUAAUCUCUGGCUGGAGGUAGCAGAGAGGGGACAGAAGCGGCCUGGCAAGGAAAUCUUAUUGAACCUAAGGAUGCUGUGGAAAUGAGCCUUGAAGCACAAGUGGGGUGCGCUUCACAUGUGAGACACUAAGUGCAUUGCUGUACAUUAAUAUAAGAGUUUAUGUGACCAGGCAUUUAUAUUUUAUCACAGAAUGAUUACAGAUGUCAUCUGUAUGUGCAAGUCACAAAAUCAUUGUGGUUGCUGCACCCCAGUCUAGUGUCCUGUGAAAGACAGCAUCUCCAACCCCA